AUGGAAAAGAUGAUGAAACCUAUAAAAGCCUUAUUGCGAGGUCCAGCAUUUCCAUUCGAAAUUCGCUUUUCCUCCCUCUUGAAAAUGGGCCCACAGCGCGCGACUCGACGAUCAGCAGCUACCCGUCAUCAUCCUCAUAGGAUUCCGGAAGUGUCUCGCCGACAUCCCAUGCUUACUCGUAGUAUGGGUCAAGUACAUCCUGCGCCUGCGUUUACUCGUAUGAAUGGAAGUUCCUCUAAUCCAGAAGCUUCUACCUCCGCACUGGACACCGAUAGCAAUCCCCUUCACUGUAGCUCUUCGCAAGGGGUCUCUGGCCCUCCUUUCUUGCAAAAUCUGAUUGCUGCGCCUUUGUAUAGUCAUGUCACUCAGAGCCACUCCCUCCACGAGGCUUCUAGUUCCUCUCUCAUCGCGAACGCCAAUUUCCCUCCCCCCCUCCCAGACUCCUCUUCACUAGAGGCAUCUAGCUCCUCUCCUGUCUCGAAUGAAAAUCCCCCGCUGCUCCAAGAUUCCUCCUCACUCGAGGCUCUCAACCCUCCUUCCACCGUUGAUAUCACCAGCAGCGAUCUUUCUUCUGAAGCUCGAACUUCCACGGGCGAACUUCCGUCAAAGCCCGGUAUUCCCGUAGAGCUUUUGACGCACUUUGAUCAGAGAUUCAUCAGGGAUCUGGAGUUGUUCGACACGCGCGCCCAGCGUCUCUUCAACGAGCAGAAAAACUCAUUGGAAUUUGCCCAGAAGUGCAUCGAAAUAUUGACACAGCAAUGUAUCGUGAGACCUGAGGAAGAUCGCCGAUUUGAGACGCGGUUUGCGAAAGAUGGAGCACUGUUGUCCCUUUUGCCAAGAACUUGCAUGGAAUCCUCAUGUCGUGUGGACACACCGCUUGCUCAAACUGUAUCAGUAACAGACGACAACAAUCUGUUGUCACUGGCAGGAUAUUUUAUUGCCCAGUUUGCUGUCGAAAGAAUUGCCACAAACUCAGACAUUUCACCACCUCCCUCGCAUUCCCUUGCUUGGCCAGAGCGUCAAUAA